AUGAUAAUGAUAUUCAAAAUAAGCAUAAUAUCUUCCAUAUUACUUUGUUUGCUUGUCUUUGAAAUUUGUGUGGAGGAAGGUGUCCUUGAAUGUUUGGUUCACACGGCUCUCGACUUCGAAAAUUCGAACUUGAGUCACGGGUAUUCUCCUCCUCCUCCUCUCCUCUGCGGAAAUAUAUAG